CUUUCAAAAUCCCCCCAAAGGCGCCGAUUCGGCGGCCAACUCCUCCUGCCAAUUCCUGGCCGCGGCGAUGCUUCGGUCUCUCCUCGCCCUCCUCCUCUCCGCGAUCCUCCUCUCCUCGAAGAUCCGGUUCGGGAGCGCCCACGAGCACCAUGGCGAGGUAGCCGAGGGGAGCUGCGAGUCGAGCCCCGAUGUCCGAGUCGCCGCGGAGUUCCGGCCCGGGGUGAUCACCGUCGACGGCCAUGCCGACGACUGGACUGACAUCGAGGCGUCUGAGUUCGCCCUCCUCCCCGCGCUCGACUUCGACGAGGACAAGGCCUACGGUGGCGGCCGGAUGUCCGUCAGGGCUGUGCAUGACGGUAGUAAUGUUUUCUUCAUGCUGCAAGUUGAUGGGGAGUAUGCAUAUCUAAAAGGAGAGAAUAAAAGAUGUCCUUCUGUUGCUCUCAUGUUUCAAGUUGGGGAGAAUGCUACAUAUCAGAAUAUGGGAGGAUGUUCUGACUUGCCUGUUACAUGCACCGCCAAUAGCUGUCGUGGCCACGAAGUGGACAUUAUGCACUUUUCAAUUGGCAAUGCUAUUCCUGGACGGCUAUAUGGUGGCAAUCUCAUGGACAAUAUAAAUGGUACCGGAAAAGACAGUUUCGGUCACCUGGUUGAUACAUAUGCAUGGAACCCUCAUUGCCAAUACUUUGAUGGAAUUGGUCCUAAAGCAAAUACUUCAAAUGCCCGAAAUGAUUGGCAAGGAGCUUGGUGGCACAGUAGUCUAACGUUUCAUUCAGGCAUGGUGGAGGAGGACAGUCCAUAUGGAAAAGAUGGCGAGAAGGGCACUUACUUCUUUGAAUUCUCGAGACCCUUGAGGACAAUGGAUCGAUUCCAACAGGAUGUCCAAUUCACAAUCGGACAAGCGAGCAAGGUGGCUAUGGCCUUCUGGUACCCGACCAGCGGCAAUCCUUGGAGCAAAUCCGAUCAUUAUUCGGCGAGUUGCAAUUGGCUGCCUUUGGACAUUGCCUUGGCUUCCUCUGUAUCUGUUUCUCGAGCGUCGAGUGGAUCAUGGGAUGCUGCCACUGCCUUCGCCAUGCUACUCUCCGUAGUUUCCCUGUGUGUUGCAAUUUUCAUAGGAUACCGGGUUUCCAGUACCAAAGAUGUGCCCUUCACACCCAUCGAUCGUCUGUAAGGAGGAAUGAAACAUGAAUGUUGACUGCAUCAAUAGACUGACAAUGAGGGUGACUAUAUAUGCGUUGUUAUUAUUAUUAUUAUUAUUAUUAUUAUUAUUAUUAUUAUUAUUAUUAUUAUUAUUGACAUAGUGGAUAUGUAUGUUCAUUUCCUAAUGCUACAUUUUCUAGUUUCACCUUUUGGAAUUCUUGUAUUAUAUCAUUGUUGCAUUGGAUAUUGUCAUUAUAAAUUUUUAUCUUCCAUGCUA